AAAAUUGGGGUCUUUUGAGGAAUUUCUGUUUGACUAAGUUUUGGAAGCAAAGCUGCACUAUUUAUGUUGUCCGGAUGGCCUUCAAUCAAGCUGGCUUUCAGCAUCAUGUUUGCAAGCAAGGGUGACCGGGGCCAUAGAGGCAAAUUUUGUUUCGCACAGGGUGCGGCAAAAAUUCAAACUAUCGGAAGUAUAUCAACUGGCUUAGGCUAUACCCUGUUUUCAAAACUACAGACGCGCAGUUCUCCGGGCAGAUUAAGAGGUAAAGGAAGCGGCUCCGCUGUCCGACUGUUUGCCGAGUCGAAGGCUGAAGCUACGCCGAAUAACAUCCUAUCACGCUUGUUUCACCCCCCAAGCAGUCCACUGGCCGUUUGGUAG